UAAACUGCAAUUAAACACAACAGGUAAAAUCAGCAUCUUGUUUCAAUGAAGAAACAGUAUAUGCCACUAUAGGUCACGACAGAAAACGUAAGCAACUCUGGUCCAACACUGGUCCAAAAGAACUUCCUGUUUCAAUCAUUUUAAUGCUACACGAACAUUUGAACAAAAUACAACCAACAAAACAUUUAUAACCAAAUCAAAAUGUUAAACAAAUAACCUUAAGAUUUAAUUAUAUAUGUAAGAUUUCAAAAUAAAAAAGAAAUGAAACCGGAAGACCUUCUGGAUCAGUAUUUAAAUUUUGAGAAUGGUCUGUAGGUAGAUUUGUUUUCCUUUCAUAUGCCAAAUUGAAAAUCACCUUAUUGAGUUUUCAUUUGCACAAGAAAUUUAAGUAUAAUCGAAUUUCAAAUUCACACACACAAUUAUUUUCUAAAAUGCUAUCAAGGUUAAACAAUCAGCAAUUCUUUGGCUGAAGGUCAAACAGACGUGCUGAGCGCUGGCUCCUUACUGUGAUGCAAAUUCUGUAGGAAUUAUUUUGAGUCUGAUUUUAGGUUCUGUGCAGAUUAAUUUAGAUAACAGAAACGGGAUUAGUUUUGGAAAUUAAAUUAGGCAAAAUAACAGGAAAGCUUUUGUGGCGAUAUGUAGUCAAGAUAAAUCCAUCUGAAAACAGAAUAAAAAAAUAUUUUUGUUUUCUGUGAUGUGUCAAAUCUUAUCAGAGAGCGAUCAAAGUCUUGUAACAUUGGUUGCUAAUAUUAGGUCAAAGGUCCAACUCUGUCUGGUUUCAUGUAGAUUAAGCAUCUCAGAUAAAUCUUGUCAUUAAUGAGGAUAUUUAAGAUUACUCAUCUAAAGAAGGUUAUUUAGUUUUGAGCUCCCAUAAAUUAAUCACAUUCAUGUUUCUAAACACAGAAACAAUUAAGAAACCCCCACUGCACACAAAUAUGUGUCUACAAUAGUAUUCAAACUAAAGAAAGAGAUAUAAAGGAGAUUUAAAAAUGUGUUAAUUUAAUGCUGCAUAUUGAUUUCUUUGUUUAUCUGUUUAUUUCGGGGGGGGGGAUAAUAACAGCUCUUUAAAUAAUAAACGUAUCAUACAAUUAUUUCAAUGUAUUAGUUGUACAGUUCAUUUUCCAUGUGCUAUCACCAUAUGCAUUGAUAUCAGGACCUAUGUUACAAUGUCAGGAUGUCAAGUUAUGAUGUGGAGCGCUCCUGACAGCAAGGCACUACACAAUGGACUUUGGGUCUCCACUCCAGCAAUCAACUCCUAAUACUGUAUAAGUACAGAUAUGAAACAGCAACAUCCUCACUUGUUCUACUGGACAGUACGGAGACUAAAACCAUGAAGGUUCUCUUGGUUCUCGCCCUUGCUGUGUUUACAGGUUGCAAUGCCAACCUUUUCUAUGCUGAUGAGCCCAAGCCACAGCUGGAGCAGUUGACUGAUGCCUUCUGGAGUUAUGCUGCUAAAGCUACAAACACCGCAGAGGAAACCAUCAAGAUGAUCAGGAUUUCAAACCUGGGGGAAGAAGUCAAUGCUAGGCUGACACAAAGUGCUUAUAUGGCCAGCGAAUAUGCCAUCACCCUCAGGAAACAGGUGGAUCCUCUGACUGAAGAGUUCAUGACAAAAAUCACCAAGGAAGCUGAAGCAUUGAGGGAGCGUCUGGGUCAGGAUCUGAUCACAGUGAGAGACAAACUGGAGCCCUACGCCGACAACUUAAAGAGCGACAUUCAGCAGAGAGUGGAGGAUCUCAGAGCAGCCAUGGCUCCAUAUGCAGAUUCUCUGGAUUCUGAGAGCCUGAAGGCCACUCUUCUCCAGAAAAGUGAGGAGCUGAGAGGGAGCGUUGCGCACAGUGUGAAGGAGCUCCAGGUUCAGCUUGAGCCCUACACCGCUGAUAUCAAAGAGAAGGUUGACCAACAUCUGCAGGAGUUUCAGAAGACCGUGAGCCCCAUGGCUGAGGAUCUCCAGGCCCAGAUUGCUGAGAGAGCAAAGAUGGUUCAGGAGAGUCUAACACCCUAUGCUGAAGACCUGAAGGAGAAGCUGGACCCCUACGCCCAGGACCUGCAGACCCAGCUAUCCUCCCUCUAUGAGUCUUUCAUCAACAGAAAUUAAAUAUUGUCACAACUGUGUCUUUUCAAAGACUUUGCUGCCAUUUGCUGCUGAUAUAAUUGAAUCUUUGAUUCAUUUCAGUGUUAAAGUAUGCAUCUUCACUGUCUGUGAUUAACAACUGCACCUUUUCGCAAUAUGUGGUGGA